CAAGCACGUGAGAAAAACAGUUCAAAACAAUACACUUACGAUCUAUUAAUAGUCCAUACCAACUCUAUACUUAGAAACCCUCAAUUUAAAACCGAUAUCAAAAUCGUCGAUACAAUCUUCUUGUUUUCCGUGUGCCUAAUAGAUUUGUUAUACCUAUAUAGAUGUGGAUGCAUGUUCUAUGCAUACCGAAAAACCAUCUAUCAGUUCUUUUUUAAUUUCAUCCUCCUGUUUCUGAUACUCAUGUUCGAUCUGCUCUUCUCCCUGAACACCUUAAUCAAUAGCUGCAACUUUCUGGUAGUAUCAGAAAUCUCAUCCAUCUUCUUUAUCGCGUGGAAUAUCUAUUUACUCUCUUCUUCUGCCGUAAUCUCAAAAUACAAAACCUCCAAAUACUUCAAAGUACUCUUUCUUGCCUUCAUUUUCGUAUUAGCGACAUACACUGUCUACCUGCACAAUCGAAGAAACAUACCAUAUGUCACAGGCUGUCAAUGUGUAAACGAAUCUCUCAAAUUUUAUUCGCACUAUGCAAUCAUGUUCUUAUUGUUUCUAGCUAUCUCUGUAUUGGCCAUCAUACCCUCCACAUUAUACAACCUUUCUAUGCGCGAAUCCGACUUAAUUUCCUUGGUUUAUAUCCAGUCGUUGGCUUCCGUCAUUUCCUAUCUGGUCUUCCGACACUUGCUUAGUCACAUAGACGUCUUUUAUCACAUAAAAGCAGAUAUAAAACCUCAUCUCUCUGUCGUCUUCCUCUUGAUGGAACUGUUCUUCACCUCUAAUAUAAGCCCCAAAAUACCCCAAUUCAACCAUAUGGACUACUGGAAAAUAGUUUGCGAUUCUUCCGACAGCACAGACACCUUCGAAACAGAUUCAGAUGACUCGGAUGACCUCUACAUAGAGUUACUAGAUCCAAAGACAUAAAUAUCCCUAAAAAAUUCAAAAAAAAAAAAUCAUACCUAAAAUCUACUAAAAAUACACUACUUUUUUCCCCUUUCUCUGACAUUAUUGCAUCCCCAUUCUCAGCCACCUCAAAUCCUGCUCUGCAUCUCAUCUAAAUCACAAAAACUACAAUAUGGAUGCCCCGUCUACUCCCGAAAGCCUAGACCUGCCCACCAAUCCUCCAACAAAUGACGUCCCUCAUCCCCAUGUCCUCAAUGCUGCCAGCUCUCAACUAAACGACCCCUCCAUCACUCCAGACUGGAUCGCUCAACUCAUAAAAAACAUCAAAAUGCUUCAAACUCUCCACUUCUCGCCUCAACAUUAUCCCUCCACCGACCGCCUUGUCAAAAUCCCUAGUCAUUUCCUAGAUGCAUGUGAUCAACCUUUAACCCUCGUAAACAUAGUCAACAUACUCCUGGAGUACAAACACGAACCUUUCGACCUCGACUUCAAUCUACAUUCUUCGGACGUCCAACUUGGUGCUUAUCGCCACCUUCACCUCCAACUUCGACAAAGAGGAUAUUGGAAACUCCCAAAAGUCCUGAUUUCAGAUGAAAUCCAAAUACCUGACCGAAGAAAACAACUCUCCCAACUCAUCCUAACCUUGGGCGGGACUAUCGCCUCCUCAGACGUAGAGGAUGACAUAAAAAGUGCUACGCACUGUAUUGUCCCAAACCAAACGGAUUAUAUCCGCCCUGCCAACGACAAACAGGAAACUGAUGACUAUUUAAAAAUUCACCGAUGGACUUCUCCUAACUCUUUAGAUCAUUUCCUUCCUAAGUGUCAACUUCUUCCUGCAAAAGGCACCAAACAUCAACAAAUAUCACAUGUCAAACUCAAGAAUGCAAAUAUCAUCCUUGUAACUGAAAAUUGGCUCCUAGAUUCUGAAAAAUUCAACGAAUGGAUGAACGAAACCGACUAUGACCCAGAAACCACUCUGGACCCCAUCAUAAACAAAGGCCCAUAUUAUUAUUAUCCCUCUUCAACGUCCUGCCCCCAGCCAUCAAAAAAACGUCUAUCUGAAUCACCCCCCCCUUCAAAAGAUGCAAAGAAAAAAAUCAACGACCACAUCAUCAGAAAUAUCCAAAUGGGACUUUUCAAUUCUUCUGAUAACCCAAAAGAAACAUCUCAUGAUAAUUCUCUUCGUAAAAAAUUAUCCUUAGAUCACAUCUCUCCUACUCUAGCCUUUCCCCAUCACUCAACUUGGUUCUCCAUGAAUUCCAUUCAUGAGAACGAGAAACUUGCACUUCCAGAAUUCUUCGUCCCCAAUUGUCUUGCCCGAUCCACCAACAAAACCCCUGAAAUCUACCGAGAAUAUCGAGACUUCAUGAUAUACACCUACCAACAAAACCCCUCUCAGUACCUUACCUUUACCGCCUGUCGUAGAAGCCUUGCCGGAGACGUCUGCUCACUUAUCCGUGUCCAUGAUUUCCUCGAACACGUCGGACUCAUCAACUAUGCCGUCAAUCCGACCGAGCUCCAAACCAACCUUUCUUCAUCACUACCUAAACCAAAUGUCACCCACGAUAACCAAGUAUUCAACCCACCACCAAACCAUACCGAUACACUCUGCUCUAACUGCCUCAAGCCCAUCUCCCAUCUCUGUUCCACCUGCACCCAAGACUUCUCCAACACCAACUGGUCUCACCAAGAAACCCUGCGACUUUUAGACGCACUGGAUCUGUACGGCGAAGAUUGGCCAAAAAUUUCCCAGCAUGUCGGAUCCAAAACCAUAGACGAUUGCAUACUCCACUUCCUGAGCCUCCCCAUCAACGAUGACCUUCCCUCUUCUAUUAACGAUGAUCACCAGACAUCACCAAACGCCACCAAACACCACCUCCUUUCAAACUCCAACCACCCUGUUCUGUCUCUUCUCAACUUCAUAAAAGAAUCUAUCCCACAUCACGUGGCCUCCUCUUCCAUUCAAGCUGCACUUCAUUCUCUCCUCGAAUCCUUCAACCAAGAACCUACUUCCCCUGUUAAACAUGUUAAUACACAACCUUUGCCUUCUCUCUGGUCCAAAAUCCAAGCCUCCUCCCUUGCCUCACUCGCCCUCUCCUCCUUCAAAGCCUCGCUCCUCUUCGAAAAGGAGGAGCGAGAAAUACAACAACACGUUCAUCAACUUAUCGCAAUGCAAUUCCAAAAACUAGAACUCAAGCUCAAGCAAUUCGACGAACUGAAAUGCAUCCUUGACGCAGAACGAGCCAAAAUAGAAGAUGCACAAAAGCAACUCUACGCUGAACGCCAACGCUUCUUAGAAGAAAUGAAGUAAGAUCAUGUAAACAGUCUGCGGUUCAAGAAGCAUUUUGCAGCUAAUGAAUAUAAAUAUUACAAGAAAAAAAUUUUCGGCUGCUAUUUCAUGAUCCCUUUCCAUGCGAGUACUUUGAAUUCUAUCGAAACAUGUCUCAACCAAUACUUCUUUGACAUCCUGUGCAUAUAAUGGAUACAUGUAUCUACUGCACCCUUCGAUGACCUUGCUCCAACUGCUCUUAACCACUAAGCCGUCUUUGUACAAAAAAAUUGUGUAUUUGAAAAAUCUCCAAUUUCGCGUUUUGUGACAAAUUCACUGUAUUUUUUUCUAGUUAUCGCCUCACACCAAUACCAUGAAUACGCUAAACCCAGGCCUUAGCAAAACCCAAAUCAUCAGGUCGUGUCGGGAUACCCUACGGCGUUACAGACGACUCCAUCUGAAUGGCGUCAAAAAUAAAAAAUGGUACAAGCUCUAAAUUGUUAAAACACACACAUAUUGCGCGCUUCUAAUGUUUAGAAUGCUCCAGGGACGAUUCUAUGAAAGACUACAUUCAGAAUCAAUAUCGUAAUCAGACCAACCCAAUUCAGAACCGUAUAAUGCUGAAGGCACUUAACCUUGGAUUCAAUAUUUUUACUAAACUCAAUUCAAUAAAAAAAAUUCAGUCACAUUGAAC